AUGGUAAAUCCCAAAAAUAAUAGUCACUCCUAUGCCAUUACCACUCAAAGUGGUAAAGUCAAUAUAGACCCACCUAUACCCACUAUUGAUGAGCAGAAGAAUGAUGAUAAGCCUGUUGAUGUAAAGAGCAGUAACAAGAAGGAUGUAGGAUAUAAGAAGGUUGCAAAGCCUGUAUUGAAACCCCUUCCAAAACCUUUACCUUCUUAUCCACAAAGGCUAAAAAACAAGAAUAUGUUCUAUAUCUACUCUAGAUCAUUGGUGGAGAAGAACGAGUAUCCCAAUGCUUUUACUAUACCUUAUACCAUUGGAUUUUUCACCUUUGCUCGUGCUUUAUAUGAUUUGGGUGGUAGUAUCAACCAUAUGCCAUUUGCAGUGGAACAUGAGACUAAUUGUGAAGUGGACUUUCAAGUCCUAAUUAUUCUGGGAAGACCAUCUUUGCCUACAAGUAGGACAUUGAUAGAUUUAGAACUGGGGCAUCUGAUGCUGAGAUUGAAUGAUAAACAGGAUGAUGGUUCUGAUAUGGUUUUUCCUAUUGAAGAGAUACUAGGUGUUGAAGAACUUGUAGUUGUGAUCAUGAAUUUUGACUCUGAUGCUAUUGAGGAGUAUGAGGAGCUAGUAAGUGCACUGCAUGGAAAGGGCUUUUAUAGGCGAUUAAUCAAGGAUUUCUCGAAGAUUGCUAGUCCUCUUUGCAAGCUUCUUGAGAAUGAGGUAAAAUUUAAUUUUGAUGAAGCGUGUGAGAAGGCUUUUAAAAGCCUAAAAGAGAAGUUACUGACUGCUCCAAUCAUUGUGUCUUUUAAUUGGUCCUUACCCUUCGAGAUUAAGUGUAACACUAGUGGAUUGGCCUUAGGGGAUGUACUAGGCCAGCAAAAAGAAAAGAUCCAUCAUCCCAUCUACUAUUCUAGAAAGGCACUAAAUCCUUCUCAAAAGAACUAUACUGUGACAGAGCAAAAGUUAUUGGCAAUGGUUUUUGCCUUUAAAAAGCUUAGAUCUUGCUUGAUUGGGACAAAGGUGAUAGUAAAAACUAAUCAUGUAGCAUUGAGGUACCUAAUGUCUAAAAAGGAUGCAAAGCAUAGGCUUGUUAGGUGGAUUCUUUUGUUGAAAGAAUUUAACUUUGAGGUAAAGGACAGAAAAGGCAUAGAAAAUCAAGUUGCAGAUCACUUAUCGAUACUGGAGGAGGAAGCUAUGCAGAAGGUCGCAAAUGUAUUGGAGAUUGAUCACAAUUUUCUAGAUGAGAAAAUAUUAGCAGCUUCCCAAGAUCUAAUUCCAUAG